GUGAAUACUGUCUGGUUGUUCUAACUAAACUCUGGAUAGAUCUGGUUGAUUCCGGGAAUGUAUGCUCUGUCCAUACCGAUGCGCGUUGUUGAAGCGGAACGUUGGCCUAAUGAUCCUACAGCGAGUGACGAUAAUCCCCAGUCAUGUUGAGGGGAAUGAGGAGCAGGAAUCGGAACAUACAGUCUACAACAUGCUAGCGAAAGAGAUCCUCUCAGAAAAUUUUGUCCAGGGGAAGCGAUUGCUGGAAAGUGUCAUAUCCUGGAUAUCAACAACACAACGUACGCCCCCUGAGACGUUUCCGGCCUUGGAGGAUUAUAUGGCAUACCGAGCAGGUGAUGUGGGGGCAGAUAUGGAAUUCGCUUGUGACAUUACCUUGUCUGACACUGAUGUCGAAGCCGUCGCGCAUCUCAGAUCACUCUGUGAGAAGCACUUCUUACUAACCAAUGACCUGUACUCCUAUGCUAAAGAAGCAAUCGCUGAAAAGGAGCAUAGUGUCUCUGUUCUCAACGUCAUUCGAGUCGUUCAGGGCCUGAUGAAUACCUCCGAAGAUUCGGCAAAAGUGAUGGUUCGCCAAGUUAUCUGGGAUGUAGAGCGCCAGAUGAACGAGGAAUACGAACGCCUGCUUCAGGAUGCGCCAAAGUCGCAGUUAACAUAUGCCCAGGGGCUAAUAGUAUCCGUUGCAGGGAACAUGUUCUUCUCGGCCACCUGUGCUCGCUACGCGCGAGUCGUUGAGGGGUCGAGAUUGCCUGCAUAGAUCCGUUGUAGACGUCAUUGCAUAUAAAUAAACCCUCCUUUGAC